UACUCGCUUCAUUAACUUUGUUUACGCAUCACUAUAUUGUUUUAUUUAUUUAUAAAGUGUAUUUGUUAAAAUGUGUUGAAAAAUUACAUUUUAAUGCUUAUAAAAAUGGAAAAGAAAAGCAAAAGAAACCGUGGAGUCAAUUGGAUUGAAGAGGAUAAAAUUUUACUGAAAAGGCUGGUAAAAGAAAGGAUUAAAGCAAUUGAAGAUAAAAACACAGAUACAGAUACAAAUCAGCGAAAAAAAUUAGCCUGGUUGGAGAUUGAAGAGAAAUUUAAUAGUAAAUGUCUGGGAGGCCCCAGAAAUGUACUACAAUUAAAGUCACAAUGGACACUAACAAAAGUUCAGGCUAAAAAAGAUUUAGAAAAUCCUCGCAAACCACAGAAAAUACCAGUAUUUAUUGAUACGGCACCACCUAUUAGGAAAAUUGAAAAACCUUCUAGCGUUGAAGUCCAAUAUCGCGAAGAGUUGCAUUUGCUGCAAAUGGAAAAUGAAAGAAAAAAGGCCAGAAAUCUUGAUUUAGAGUACGAAUUACUGCAGGAGAAGAUAAAGUUCUAUAGAAGAAAUCCGGAUGAUAAUAAUCAUAAAUGGAAUAUGGAAUGGAAUGGCAAUGCAUAAAACUGUACGAUUUUCGCUUUAGAUGCAGUAAGAUUUUUUUAUUUUAAUUAAUAACUAGUACAAAAAUAUAAAUAAAAACUUUUGAUUUUA